CCUGUCAGUCCAGCCAUGCAAGAGAGAGGGAGAGAGACAGAGAAAAAGAAAGGAGGGAGUGAAGCAGAGAUUCUUUCAGAUCUCAGAAGACUUUAAGAUUUCCAAUGAACAAAGAAAACAAAUAGCCACUGGGACCACAAGUGCGUUCUGUAAACUGAUGCCACGAGGCAGAUAUGAGAAAGAUGACUGAGCAGAGUGGUUGCUAUAGGCCUGUAAACAUACAGGGAAAUAAGAUCAGUUACCAAGGCACUUGUCAAGAAAGCCCUGAAAUGGGGAUGAAAAGAUUACAGAAUCGAUUUCUCCACAAGGAUGGCAGCUGCAACGUGUACUUCAAACACAUCUUUGGGGAAUGGGAGAGCUACGUAGUGGACAUAUUUACCACACUGGUGGACAUCAAGUGGCGCCAUAUGUUUGUGAUAUUCUCAUUGUCGUAUGUUCUUUCAUGGUUGUUCUUUGGACUAGUCUUUUGGCUGAUAGCAAUCCAACACGGAGAUUUAUUCAACGAUGAAGAAAUAACCCCCUGUGUUGCAAAUGUCCAUAGCUUCACAGGAGCAUUCCUAUUCUCCCUUGAAACCCAGACGACCAUUGGUUACGGUUACCGCUGUGUUACAGAAGAGUGCUCUGUUGCAAUCCUCAUGGUUAUCCUACAGUCAGUAUUAAGCUGCAUUAUUGACACCUUCAUAAUCGGAGCAGCCUUGGCUAAAAUGGCCACAGCUCGAAAAAGAGCUCAAACCAUUCGUUUCAGCUACUAUGCUGUAGUUGGCUUAAGAGAUGAUAAAUUUUGCCUCAUGUGGCGCAUUGGGGAUUUCCGGCCAAAUCACAUGGUUGAGGGCUCUGUACGAGCUCAGCUUCUGCGCUACAAGGAAGACAAGGAGGGGAGAAUGACGAUGGAAUACAAGGACUUGAAGUUGCUAAAUGACCAGAUCAUACUUGUUACACCAGUGACAGUCGUACAUGAAAUUGAUAGCGAGAGCCCCUUGUAUGGGCUAGACCGGAAAGCUCUGGCCAAGGACAACUUUGAAAUCUUGGUCACAUUUGUCUACACAGGUGAUUCAACAGGAACUUCACAUCAGUCAAGAAGCUCAUAUGUCCCCAGAGAGAUUCUUUGGGGCCACAGGUUUAACGAUGUCUUACAUGUAAAGAAAAAAUACUAUAAGGUGGAUUGCUUACAGUUUGAAGAAACCACAGAAGUUUAUGCUCCUCACUGCAGUGCCAUGCAACUGGAUCGGAAGGAGCAAGAAUGGAACCGAACCGAGAAGACGCGGGAAAAAGCAGCAGAGACGUCAGCACUGGAGAUCAAGUCAUUUAGUACUAACCAAAAGUCAUUUAGCGCAGUUGCUCUCAUCACUAGUUGUGAAGAUCCAGAAGACCUCGUGACAGCUGUCAAUCAGCCUUCUGGAGAAAUUUCUUAUCAGAAAGCAGCUGUGACCUUGAGUAGUCUAUCAAUAGAGUCCCAAGUCUAGCUUUUUUACUGCAAUUCAAAUCACUUCCAACAAAUGCUCCCAGCAUAGCUUUUAGAAUAUAAACAAUGAACUCAUAUGCACAAGUAUUUAUGUUAUAAACCUCGCUGACAGCAUGCCCGCAUUGUAAUACAUUGCUGAGCUGCUAGAAGGCGCUUCAUACUGGUUAGCAUGGGUAUCAGUAACAGAUUAGCAUUGGCACAAGAAAACAGCUUACAUUUGGGUUGACUAGACAGCUACCGUACUUGAGCAAACUUAUUGUAAACUUUAUUACCCUGCAGGGACCAAUGUUGGACAUACCCAGACAUAGAUAAUGAUCUAGGCAGGGAACAAAAACAAUGUAGUGUGCCCUCUAGGUCAGAUUUUUCAAAGCUGCCUAAUUUAUUUGGAAGGCCAGUUCCCAGUCUCUCUAGGAGGCUCUGAAACUCCCCCACCAUCACAACAAAUGAUUACUCUUUCAUUGCACCUCUCCAGCAGUUCAAAUGACGCCCUCAUCCCAGGGCUACGCUGGUGAAUCUAUGGGGCUGUUCUUUGUAGGAAGGAGUGAACUGGCAAGAAUAGCUGAACCCAGUAUUACUGGGUAGCUUUGGAAACCUGCUUACACCCUGCCUAGUCCUGUGGGAUCCACAGUGGGAUCCUGGAGAGCUUUUCUCAUUUCCUAGUCAUGAGCCAUUCCCAGAACUGCCACUCCUUCAACAGCUUGAGGUAUGCGGUAUGUCAGCUGGCUUGGGGCUGCGUGAAGGUUUUGUUACGUGGCUCUGAUGGCUGGGAGGGCUGGCCAAACUGGCUCAUUUGCAACGUUCAGAAAUCAAAGCGGGACCUCAAGUUUGAAACUGAAAUCAGCAAAAUCAGGUUGAGCCUCGGAGAGAAGAUCAUGUUUUUAGAGUGAGCUGUGCAAUAUUUCAAAUCAAAACAUCUUUCAUUUCAGAAUGUCAGCCUUGCUUUUCUUUUUAGUAUAUUAUGCUUCUUUAAAAAGACAAAGAGCAAUCUAGAGACCAAACAGUGUGAUUUUGUCAAAAUGAAAUACUUUUAUUCAUCUGAAAUGACUGUGUAAAAAUGAUCCUUCACAGAGAAAUUCAACAAACUCAGCUGUCAGCUCAAUUUGGAAGAAAGGAAAAUGUUCAUGUUUUGAAGUUGUCUGUGACGUGGAGGUUCCACGCUCUGCACAUCUCCCUAAUUAUUCAAUAAGCAAUAUCUCAACAUGCUUUUUUCCCCUGAUGGCUACAGUUAAUUUGCAUUGUGUUUAAUUAUCAUGCUAACAUAAAAAUAAUUAUCUCUGAAUUUGUGGUUGCCUAAAAUGGGAUUUAUCUCACCUGACCUCAGCCACCAAGAAAUUAGAGUGUUUGCCUACUGGUCGAGGCUCUUUGUGGUUACUGGAGUGUUCUUCUGUAUUUACAGGGGAGUUCAGGCCACCUUACUCUGGCUUUUUAGGGAGCUGAAGGCAAUAGGGUAUGUUUAUCCUGGAAAUGUUCAUCCCUCUCCAUUUAUUGUUGAAGGAGAUGAGAUGACUGUUGUGGAAAUGCUGGCUAACUUUAGGCUGCUAAACUUAGGUCUGACGAGUCAUUCACAUAAUUCUGACUAAUUAGAAGUUUUUAUGAGCUCAUCACCUUUAAUGAAGAAAAAUAGCAUGCUAAAUCUUUUUUCCUGAAAUUUACUCCACAUAGUAGUAUUGCUGCAUUAUUUUAAUGUAUCUUGCAUUUCUCUUUUGAUAGCACUUGUCUUUGAAUCUAUGUGAUCCCUUUAGGUAAAACCAAGCAUAUUAACAAGCCUGGGGGGAGGUGGUUAUUCUGAAGCUCAUUAAUUAACCUAUUUUAUAUGCUGAAUCAUCAGCAGCAUCCAUGUGUAACUGCAGUAGAAAACAUCUUAUUGUAUCCUGGAUUUGAGCACUGGCAGGCAUUGGGGAAAUAGUCUAAAGAAAAUGGAAAGCAAUGUAGGAAAAUGUAUAAGGGUCCCAGUACUUAUGUGGUGUUGGAAAAAACCACCAUCCGGAUUGCAUAAAAUAGAAUAUAACCUUUGAGACAUGUGAAGUAAUCCUUCCACACUCCUCUGUCUUUGAGAGAUCUUGGCUGGGUUACUUUAUUUGAUGUUGGGCGUCACGCGUUGGGAAAGAUAUGGAACAACGUGAAGAGAAUCCGGAGAUCUAGAAAACGUGUCAGUGAGGAAGUAGGGAACUAAGGUGUUUCAGUCCAAAAGGGGGCUAGGAAACAAAGAAACAGUUCUCAAACACAAAAAUUGCAAUUCAAGAGAGAGGGACAAUCUGUUGUCUGUAUCUGGUGGGUAGGCCAGGAAAACAUGGGCUUAAACUGAAGCCAAAAAGUUUGAAGUUAAUUAGGAGACACUGUCAUAAAGAGGACGAAGCACUGACAGACCUGUGGGGUUUGUAAUCUCUGGGGUGGUGGCUCCCGCGAACCUGUUGGAGAAGACACCUGUCAGGAGUGAUACAGAAUGGUCAACAUUGCCUUGAACUUUCCAACCCUGUUUUCUGUGAUCCUAUGAUUUUCAGAAAAAAGGAAUAUCUAACAUGAAAUCUGCUUAACUGGUCACUUUACAAGUACUUACACACGUGUAUUUGCUUAAUCACAUAGGUAAAGCUACGCAGAGGGAUGAGAUACUACUGAGACAUGUAAUCAAAAUCCCCAAAACAUCUUCAAAAAGGUGCAUAUUUCAGGUGCUGUUUGCAAAAGUAGUUUCCCAUAUUAAGCUGUGAAUCUCAGCUGCCUUUCCCUCUCCCAGUUAUGUACUGUGUGAGCCGCUUGCAGUGAAAAAAAUUCUUUCCUCGUAAUGACUUUCCUGUAAGCAAAAGUACCUGGAGUCUGAUUUAGCAUUUUGUCACAUGCUUCUUGGUAUAGAUAGAUAUAAAUAUGUGAGCAUGUAUAGUAAUGUAUGCUUUGGCAUAUAAGUCGACCACUAACUGAUGAGGGUCAGGAAGAAACUUCUCUCCUGGGCAUGUUAAUUCGUAACAGGCUACUAUACAGUUUCUUCUACUUUUAUCUACAGCAUCUGAUACCAGCCAGUGCUGGAGACAGGAUACUGGUUGAACCACUGAUCUCAACCAGUCUGGCUUUUUCGGGGUUUCUCUGUUUGAUAUUUUAAUUAUAUUUAUCACAGUAUAAAAACUAUGUAUAAUAAUGUAUAGUAAAGCAUGCAUUGCAUUUUUAUGAAUAAAGACACAGAAAUAAAGAACAUGCCUCUACCA